AUGAAAAGAAAGAUAGAUGAAGUUAGUUCAGGAGAGCAAUCGCUACAUAAGAUUGAGAAAGGUGCCAAAAAACUAGUUUCCAAAGUUUUGAAUGCCACCACACUAGAGUUUGAGUUACUUGAGCGUGUAAACAAUUUUCUGAAAGACAACAGAGACACGGAAGGAAUCGAGGCUUUGAAUAACUUCAAAUUUGUUGCAAAGUUCUUAAUAGAAUAUACCGCAACUUUGUCUGACAAAGAUAGAUUGAUCUACGAUAUUCUAACUUGCUUGGAACGCGUUCAUGAGGUUAAUUUGAGCCCUAUGUUCCCGCUAGUUUGGGGAGAAAAAAGCAAAGAGCACUAUGAAAACCUUGAAAAUCUUGGUAGUACACUUCAUAAAAUAGCGACAUCUGAAAUUCUUGACUAUAUCGACCCUUCUCUUAUGUGGAGGACGGUUAGAUUUUGUUCACUUCCCGAACGGAAAGACAUCUACGAUGUCCGUUUCAUUUUACAGCUGAUGGCUAAUAUUGAGCAUGUUGGAACAGAUAUCGAUUGUCGAAAAUUCAUCGAAUCCAAUUGCUUAUCAGUGAUGUUUGCUGCUACUAGUCAUCUAGACUCCGAUGUACGAAAGCUAGCGUAUUACAGUCUUCAAAAGUUUCUCAAUAUUUUACUGCAAGUUCAAGAAUCAGAGGUCGAGAAAAAUUUUCCUGAAAGACCCAUAUUUGUUUAUAUUCUGAGGCAAUUCAAGCAGAGCUUUGACGACAUUGGAGUACGCACUGUGCAUAUUAUCAGUCAUUUUUUAGCCAAAGUGUGCAAGCUUGUUCUAUAUCCAGACAAUGAUGUUUAUACCUCCGUUUUGUCUUUUCUUUGUUUGAAGCCCAAGAUUGAUCUGGAUACGGUGCCGGAAUUUUAUAAGCUGUUGCUUUCAACUAGUCCAGAGAAAUACAAGGUUGAACGGGAGUGGGUACUAGGUUAUCUCAAUGAAGCAAUAUUAGAUUCAGCGGAUUAUAACACUCUACAAAACAGAUCUGGCAUAAAGCUACUUCAAGGAUUGUUUAGUUCUUGCAUAUGUGAUCAAACUGCACGAAAGUACAUUCUUCAAAUUUUCAAGGCUUGUGCGAAUAUCCCAUCUUCCGCACAAGAUCUGUUUAUCCGACAGAACUUACACUCCUGGAUUGUAACAGCAAUAAAUUUACCUCAUCUAACUCGGUGGGAAAGAGUUUUCUUAGCUGAAAUAUAUAUCAUUGUGGUGACAGCUAUUAAAGAUAACCUCAGCAACCAAACUAAUGCAAUAACUUUCAAAAUUCAAGCUGACCUAACCGGCACGAUCAUAUGCGAAGUUUUGAAACCUCUAGUAGAGAUGGAGGCUCGUGCUCAAGAGAGAAUCCAUGCGAUUGAGAAUUUACUGAAUGCCGAAUGGGUGGUUAACCAACCAGCAUCGGUUUAA